AUGCAUCGUCAACCUGGAAAUGAAGAUAAUGCGGUUGCUGGUGAAGUCAAAACUUCCCCCGCGACGCAACGCAAACAUCAACGAGGUGUCUGUCUUCAGCAGAGGCUGAACUGCAGAUUUGCACCAUUUUACGAGCUCGUGAAAGACAUUGUGGAUGACGAGAGGGCGCGGCGGGACUUUCUUCUCCGCGAAGAGGAAGUCAAGCAUGUGUUUGAGGCUUACCGUCAAGAAAAGGCGCGUCGGGAACACGAUGAAGACGGUGGCUGGAACGGAGAUGGAAAACAGCCAACGGACGCCUCGAUGCUGUUCAACAAGCGAUAUGAGGGAGAUUGCCGCAGAAACAGUGGUACAAUGCAGCUCGAUGGAGAUGUGACGGCGUCGUCCAGAAACCGCCUGCUCUCGGUCACUAACCAGGAUGGAAUCGGGAGUGUUGAUUUCGAAGAAUAUUUGCUACCGGACGGUUCCAAUGAUGGCUCGGCUGCCGAGAGGCGUCGAAGCCGGGAGUAUUGCCCAAUCAUGGUCGAAGACAUUCAAGAGCUGCUUGAUCGUCUGGAUGCUUUCUGGGAAAUGGGAGGACGCAUGAUACAACAGUUCCAGGAGAGUUCUCCUCCCCUCGUUGCCACAGAAAACGCCGACAUAAUUUCGUACAUCUUACCGCAGCAACAAGCCGAAUUGGUUAUUCUGGAUGCUGACGACGUCCAAGCGGGAGAAUUUUGGUUUUUCUUGAAAAACUACACUGAGGUGCAAACAUGGAUUAGACGAGAGCUCUACAACAAACGGAAACAGGAGAUACAGGUACAACCCGAGUCGAAAGUGAGGCGUGCUCUUGUAGAGGGCCUCAUGAGACGCAAUAUGAUAGUCGUAGAAAAGCAAAACGAUGGUGACGAGGAACAAGACGCUGAGUUAACCGAGCAGCAAAGGAUCGCGAACAGCCGAAUGCAGGCCUCGGCCUAUGCUUGA